CUCUGAUUUUGGACGCGGAGAGUGGAAGGACUGAGGAAGGUCAUUUAGCGUUUGUAUUUCUAGGGUUUUCUGUUUCGGUCGGCAAUUUUCGCUUGACAUCUGGAGAUUUUUGCAUCUUUCGAUUUGUUUGUUUGGUAUUGUUAGGGAAAAAUUGAAAAAAAAAGGAAAUUGGAAGGCUAUUGAUCGGUGAGGCGCUGGGUGUUUGUGGUAUGGGUUUUCAUGUUGUUUCAGAUCUGUGUUGAGUUUUGAGUUUGAAAAUGGAGAUAUAGUAGUUGUUUUGCUUCCUUUUGUGAUUCGAUUCUGUACUCCUUAGCUGUUGUAUUGAAUUUGGGGAUUUAGGGCUUUUUUGUAAGGAAAAAUAUAAUAUUGGGUGGUUUGGGGUUUUGUGUAAAUUUUUCGACAAAUUCGAAUAAUUAUACAUUCAUGGCUGCUGGAAAACGUGGUGGUUACAGAGAAAAUGAAUAUAGGGGCUGCGAGAGUGAAGUUGAGACGUUGAAGAAGGAAAAUGGAAUUAGAAGAGGCGAUUAUGAACUGGAUGGGAAUGGAGCUCGGGACUAUGAGAAGGGUCAGCAACAGGCUCAGGGUCGAGCUAGCCUUGAAGAUAAGGGCAAGCUCAGACAGAAGGAUGCCACAGAAAUGAAUGGUGGAUACCACUCCACUUCUAGUCGAAGUGAUUCUGGAAGUAGUGGUGGUGAGCGAAGGAAAUGCGAGCCUGCAGUAGUAGCUGUGGAUCGAGAGCCGGGAGAGCUUUAUAGUGAUGGGUCUGACGAGGCAGAUGAUUCGAGAAUGCUAGCUAGUAGAGAAAUUGAUUCAAAAAAUAUGAAAACUUCUAGGUGGUUAUCUCCUCAGCAGACCAGGAAGCGGAAGUUCUCACCAAUUAUUUGGGAUAGAGAUGAUAGGGAGACAAAUGCAGCAAUCAAGAGUAGGAGUACUUUGGAUAGUGCGCCUAAUCCUAUCGUUGAAUCACCCGAAUUGCUCAAGUCUCAUUACCAGUGUCCUCAGCCUAAACCUAAACCUAGUAACAAUGAAAAGACUUCUGCCCCCGCAGAUGAUGGUGAAAUUAAUGACUGUGCGAUUAAUUUAGUAGCAUCACUUUCCGGUGGUGGAUUGAGAUCUGGUACAGCUGAAGUCCCUGCCGAAACAUAUUCACUGCAACAUGAAGGAGAUCAGAGGGAAGUAGAUGAAGAUGACUACGCACCCACACGAACCAUAGUAUCUUCUCGUUGGGCUAGUGAUGCUGAGUCUCCAUCUGAUGAAGGUGAGAUUUCUGACAAUGAAAGUAUGCCUAAACCAAGGAGCAAAUCCUGUUCAGAGCAUAGUAAAUCAGUAAGUCCAGAAAUUGGGCAGGCCAGACAAGGUUCUGAAACGGCUAGAGGGAGGUCCUCAAGGUCAGAGGAACGUGUUAGAUCUUCCAGUAGAGAUAGUUACCAAGACAAUGAUGACAAUAAUGAUCCCAUGGAGACUGGUGAUGAUUACAAUCGUGAUGGUUCUAGCAUAAACGAGCCUGAAUCUGAAUCUGAGGACUAUCCAGACUCUCCUAUUUUAACAGAUCCAGCACAACCCCCGCAAAGGAUUAAUAUGCUUCAAGGUUGCAGAAGUGUUGACGAGUUCGAGAGACUCAACAAGAUAGACGAGGGUACUUACGGGGUCGUGUUUAGGGCCAAGGAUAAGAAAACUGGAGAAAUUGUUGCUUUGAAGAAGGUCAAGAUGGAGAAAGAGAGAGAAGGGUUUCCCUUAACCUCACUCCGGGAAAUAAACAUUCUUCUAUCUUUUGAUCACCCCUCAAUUGUGGAUGUCAAAGAAGUGGUUGUGGGAAGCAACCUUGAUAGCAUUUUUAUGGUUAUGGAGUACAUGGAACAUGAUCUUAAAGCGUUGAUGGAGACUAUGAAGCAACCUUUUAGUCAAAGUGAAGUUAAAUGCUUGAUGCUCCAGCUUUUAGAAGGCGUCAAGUAUCUCCACGACAACUGGGUGCUUCACCGAGAUCUUAAGACUUCCAAUCUGCUCUUAAACAAUCGUGGUGAGCUGAAGAUUUGUGACUUUGGUCUAGCUCGUCAGUAUGGCAGCCCUUUGAAACCAUAUACCCAUUUGGUAGUCACCCUUUGGUACAGGGCGCCGGAACUUCUUUUGGGUGCCAAACUAUAUUCCACGGCAAUAGAUAUGUGGUCUCUGGGGUGUAUCAUGGCUGAGCUAUUAUCAAAGGAACCACUAUUCAAUGGGAAGACAGAGGUUGAGCAACUGGACAAGAUAUUCAAGAUCCUCGGCACUCCAAAUGAGACCAUCUGGCCCGGAUUUUCAGAACUCCCCGGAGUGAAGGUCAACUUUGUGAAGCAUAAGUAUAACCUACUGAGGAGGAAAUUCCCAGCAACGUCUUUCACUGGGUCGCCUGUGCUCUCCGAUGCUGGAUUCGAUCUCCUGAACAGGCUUCUAACAUACGAUCCUGAUAAGCGAAUCACUGCUGAAGAAGCUCUUAAUCACGAUUGGUUCCGUGAAGUUCCUCUUCCGAAGUCGAAGGAGUUUAUGCCUACAUUUCCUGCUCACGGUGCACAAGACAGGCGAACGCGAAGAGUAAUGAAGAGUCCUGACCCAUUGGAAGAGCAGCGGAGAAAGGAGUUGCAGCAAGGAGAAAUUAGCAAUGGUGGUCUCUUUAGUCAAUAGCAUAAUCUAUAUGUUGUACUAAAAAAAGUUACAAAUUUAACCUUUUCUUUUUUCUCA